AUGGGCAAAAAGAGAAAGGCUUCCCGCCAGGCGGCAGAGCCGACUGGCCCUCGAGAACUCGAUCCCAAGGAUGCCCGCUUGGGUCCCGUCACAACGUACGAAGACCUCGCCGACUCGGAGGAGGAGUACUUUAUCAACAAAGACAAGAUCAUGUUAGAAGACGGCCCGCGAUCGAAACGACAGAGAAAAGAAAACAGGGAGGACGAGUUCCUGGAACCAUCCGAUGAAGAGGUGCUUGGUUAUGAUGAUGAUGACUCCGAAGAUGAGGACGACCGGCCUGCGCCAAAACCACAAAAGGGCAGGAAAGCCGCGCAACUGUCAGAAGACGAAGAGGCACAGGACGGCGAGGAAGAGGGAGACCAAGGGUGGUGGGGAUCAUCCAAGCAGGAGUACUACAACGCCGACACAGCCGAAACGGAAGGCGAUGCUCUGGAGGAGGAGGCCGAAGCACGCAGGCUGCAGCAGAAAAAGCUGGCAAAGAUGUCCGAAGCUGAUUUCAUCUUUGACGAGGAUGAAUGGCUUGCACCUGAAAAGGAAGCAGCGGACGAUGACGAGGUCGUCACCGAGGUGCUCAAGGACGUGGAGAUAUCCGAGGACAUGUCUGCUGAGGAUCGGUACAAACUGCUCCAGGCCCGGUACCCGGAAUUCGACUACCUGGUGCAGGAACUGAAAGAGCUUCAGCCGCUUUUGCUGGUUUGCCAGAAGGAGGCUGAGGGCAAGCCCAGCAAGUCUCUCGAGGUGGUCAAGUACUGGGUGCUGGGCUGCUAUGUCGCGGCACUUGCUAGCUACUUUGCCAUCCUCACCUCGCCCUCUCGAGAUGGCAGCGACGCGCAGAAGGCACUCAGCCCUACCGAGCUUCGCGACCACGAGGUCAUGGAGACUCUAGUCAGCUGCCGCGAAGCGUGGCUCAAAGUCAAGAAGGCCAAGCCUGUGAAGGACUCCGAGGAUGCAUCAUCCGGCGUCUCGUCUGACGAGGAUAUGGUUGAUCAAUCCGAAGCUCCUAUUGAGCCGAUCAAGGUGGCCAAGACCAAAGAGGAGAUCGCGGCAAGCAGGAAGAGGAAGGCGGCGGAGAAGGCCAAGAAGGCAAAGGCCAAGGAGAUCGAGGCUUCUCUUGCCGACCUUUCAGACUUGCUCGCCAAGCCGCGCAAGUCCUCCAAAGCCAAAACUGCCAAGGUGGACAGGACAGACGAGCAAGAUGAUUAUUCAGACUUUGGCGAAGAAGAUAUCAUCGACGCAAGGACGGCUGCCGACAAGGCCGAACGCAAGAAGAGUCUGCGCUUCUACACCUCACAGAUUGUGCAGAAGGCCAAUCGCCGCGCAGGGGCUGGACGCGAUGCUGGUGGCGACAUGGACAUCCCACACCGGGAGAGGCUCCGAGAUCGCCAGGCUCGGCUCAACGCAGAGGCAGAGAAGCGGGGCAAGAAGAACUCGAAGCUUGGCUCCGACUUGGACGACCUCAGCGACGACGAGGCCGCCGGUGCUCGGGACGCUCCGGGCGACGAGGAGUACUACGACCUCGUCGCUUCGGCGUCGAGGAAGAAGAAGGAGGAGAAGGCUUCUCGUGCUGCGGCGCUGGCCGCGGCCAGUGCGGCCGACCGCAUUGUCGAGCAGGAAGAGGUGGGCGCAGACGGCAAGAGGAAGAUUACGUAUACCAUCGAGAAGAACAAGAGCCUGGCUGGGCCUCGGCGGAAGAAGGAGGUCGCCAACCCAAGAGUCAAGAAGCGCAAGCAGUACGAGAAGAAGACCAAGAAGCUCAAGAGCCAGAAGGCAGUGUACAGCGGCGGCGAGGGCAGAGGCGGCUACGGAGGAGAGCUGACUGGUAUCAAGACCGGUCUGAUCAAGAGUAUCAAGCUGUAG